UUUUUUUUUUUUCUUCUCUUCUUUCAUAUACAUUAUUUUACCAUGAACGCCGAAAAACUCGCUAAGCUUCAACAACAAGUCCGUAUCGGUGGCAAGGGUACUCCUCGUCGUAAGGUCAAGAAGGUGACCAAGACCAACACUGGUGACGACCGUAAGCUCCAAGCUGCUCUUCAAAGUUUGAAGUGUCAACCUAUUCCUGGUAUUGAAGAAGUCAACAUGUUCAAGGAUGAUGGUAAGGUUAUCCACUUGUCUGCUCCUCGCAUCCAAGCUGCUGCCAAUGCCAACACCUUUGCCAUCCACGGUCGUGCUACCGAAAAGGAUUUGACUGAACUUGUUCCUGGUAUCUUGAACCAAUUGGGUCCUGACUCUUUGGCCAGUCUCCGUAAACUUGCUGAAGCUUACCAAGCUGCUCAAGGUGGUGCUGCUGCUGCUGGUGAAGACGAUGAUGAAAUCCCUGAUUUGGUUGAAAGCUUCGACAAGGCUGAAGUUGAAGACAAGGCUGAAGAAAAGGCCGAAUAAAUACAUUAUUAGUUAUCCCUUCUCUUUGUUUGUAUAGUUGUUGAUUUUUUUAUUUUUACUGAAGUUAUUACCAAAAUAAAAAAUGCAUAUUUUUGAACAAUUAA